UGCAUUCUUGAAGUGUAUUGUAGCACCACCAUUUGGUUAGCUCUCUGCGAAAGUUAGACUUGAAACCGGCGAGGUAUUUGACAGAAUCAAUCACUGUGAAAAUGGCUCUCUGACCCUUUAAUUUUCCCAAUAUUUCGAGAACUCUGUCAAGACUAAUUUUAUGCGUUAACUUUUAUUAAAAAUAUUUUUCAGUUUAGAAUACUUUGUCGACUUCGUGACCUUCUUUCAGAAAGUAUCAGGGCAUGUAUUGGCAUCAGACUAAUUUUCCUAGAAAAAGUUGUAAUGAUUUAUUUUUGGAAUUUCUUAAAUUUUGUUGCCCUUGGCUUCUACUUAGCUACAAGUGAUCAUAAAGUGUGUUACGAUUCUUGUCUCAGAAGAUAGUAGUACUCUGGAAAACCAAGUGAAAGUUUAUUCUGAGAAAAGCAAAAUAAAGUGGUAGUAAUUAUAAGCAACAUGCUAGCAAAAUUGCAAACACAUUCCUCACAUUUCAUCAGUUCAAAGUAAAUGCUAAAUAUAACUAAGCCUAACAAAGUAUAGGUAAAAAGGUCAUCUUAAAACUGAAAAACUGAGGUCAGGUAAGUGAGUUACUUUUGAGAUUGUACCUCAACCCAGUGGUUAUAAAGUGUAAAAACGUUAAGAUUUCAAUCACAUCUAUGUCCGAUUAGAUGACCCUCCAUUUCCAGAUAAAGAACAAUUAUUGGACACGUCUCAUAGAUCACUUACGUACUAUUGCAAAUAAUUUCAUACGUCCUGGCCGCUAGAAACCGAGCUACAGUGAGACUAAUUUAAACAUCGACGUUUCACUUGCAGUUCUUAAAGCAAGUAAAAAUAAAGGUAGCUUUAUUUAAUUCAUUUGCGUUCGUUAAGAAAAAUCGGUUAACAACCAGCCAUAUGUGGAUUCUGCUCUAAAGUAACUAUAAAAGCUGUGGUAUGUAUCAUCAUUAAUUACUACUUCACGUUUUAAGAGUUAUUGCAUUUCAAAGACCUAGAAAGUUUGUACACUAGAAACAACAUUAACAAGUUUUAUAUAUUUUUCUCCGUGAGUUUAUUAAAAUUAAUGAAAUAAGCACUUCAAUAUUUAAGAUUGUUUUUAAUGUUUACAGAACACGACCAAGCUUCUAAUACCUUGACAACUCUGAAAUGGAAUAUAAAAAAGACUCAGGAAGAAUAUGACAGAAUAUCUACAAGAUUGAAGUCAUUGAAUGCAACAAAAAACAGUAUUGAGAGUGAAAUUUCACGCCUCACAGGAUGCACAUGUUUGGUAAAUGAAAAGUCUUCAAUUACAGAAGCAGAACUGAAGGAAAUCAUUGAUAAAACCAAUGUAGCAUUGGAUACUCUUCAGAAAACUAAUAGUCUUUUGAAUGAAACUCAAAUAAGAUUUAAUGCUGUAAAACGAAGAGCAGAAGAAACUCGUAAUAAUUUAGCAUCAGAUGUUGGAAAGGCUGAACAAAAUCUUCUUGAAGCCCAAGUGAAACUAAAAGAAGCCACAGAAGUUGAACCUAAGCUUAUUCAAGAAACAGAAAACAUGAAAAAUAAAAUAGAAACUGUUAAAAAUCGAAUACAAGUAUUAACUCAACUAACAAAAGAGCAUCAACAGUCUUUUGAUCAAUUAAAACAACAGUUAAGUGAAUUAAACAAAGACUAUAUAAAUAAACAAACUGUUAGUGAAAAUUUAUCUUUAUGGAUUAGAAAAAAUGAAGAAAACUUAGUUAGUCAAUUCAAUGGAAAGUUAAAUAAAGAACAUAAUCAACUGAACCAAGUAUUACAGAAAAAAUCUGAAGAUUGUUAUAACAAAAAAAUGGAUGAAAAACAAUUACAAAUUGAAAAUGAUCGCUGUGAAGAUAGAAUACUAACUUGUCAGAAUGAAAUAGCCAAACUAAGAAAAUCUAUUGAACUACUUGAAUCACGUCUAACCACUGCGCAAGAUUUACUUCAUUCUUCAAAUACUGAUUAUAAUCAAACGCACGCUAAACACUUAUCAGUAACAAACGAUUUGGAGUUAACUAAAUCACGAACAAGAGCAGAACAAGAUGAUGCGCAAAACAUGUUGAAGUUUUUACAGAAUAGAAUUGAAGAGGAAUCUGCGCUAAGAAGUAAAAUGAUGGUAGAUCUAGAAAGAGAACUUCAGGAAUACGAGAACACAAAACAGGAUGGCUAUCGUAAACGAUUAGAAUUGGAGGAAACAGCUAAACAGUUAGAAAGUGCAAUUGAAAAUGCCAAUGUAGAAUUAGAAGCUGUUCGAUUAAAUCAUAAAUAUUUUUCAGAGCGACUCAAUAAUGCACAAACAGAAUACAAAAAAUUUGAAAAUCAAUGGAAUGAAGAAUAUUCUCUAAUGUGUACCAAAAUUAAAACGCUUGGUAAUUCAUUGACAAAAUCUAAAACACAAGCCAGCGAACUGAAGACAAGACAAAAAAAGUUGGAAUCAGAAAAAACCUCUCUGGAAGAAAGACAAAGUAAAAUACGUUUAUCUUUGUUGGCAUUAAUGAAAGUUAAUCUCAGAACAACCACGAAAACUACUCAGCUAAGGUGUACAAUUGCUGACCUUAAAAAAGUGAAUAAAACACUCAAAUCAGAAAUGAAUAUCACUACAAAACGAAUUGAACAAAUGUGUCUUCUUCAAAAAUCUCGUGAACUGCAACAAUCUAAUCUGAUGAGAUCUCGCGAAUCAAUAUUGAAAAAUUUGAAGGAGGAAUUCAAAGAGAAACUUUCCUGUAACUUAACUCUUUCAAAUCAAUACAUCAGAACUCAAGAAGAACAAAGCAAAUUAUUAUCAUCGUACUACUUAGCUGUUACUGAUUCAGUGUUAGAUCAAAAUCAGCUAUUCAACGCAGAGCUAAUUGUAGCAAUAUGCGGGAGGAAUUUACGCCAACGCAGCUACUGGGAACAGAGAUUACAAGCCAAACAAGAUACAUUAGUUGAUGAUUUACUAAAUCAAAAUCGCAACAUUGAUCAGUUAGUAUAUGUAACUGGUAGUCACUAUAUUCCAGAGACAUUAUCCCUGAAAUGUAAAACAUGAGAAAUAAUGCAAAGCAUUUUGAAUAAUAUUUGGAACAGCUUGAACAUUGUGAUUUAAAUGAAAUUGCGUAACAAAUCAGCAACGUUAAAAAAAGAUUAAUAGAACAAGUUACUAACAAUCAUAAAUAACAAUUUGAUGUGUUUU